GUCGUCGACGCGAACGCGCUCAUCAAGGGCCUCAAGCUGGAGCGCCUCGCCGAGGAGGCGAUCACGAUCCCGGAGGUGCUGAGCGAGAUCAAGGACGCGCAGGCGCGGCGCGCGCUCGCGACGCUGCCGUUCGACCUCGUCGUCCGCGACCCGGACGAGGAAUCGAUCAAGGUGGUUCGCAGAUUCGCGCGCAUGACGGGCGAUCUCGGCGCGCUGUCCGAGCCGGACGUGAAGGUCAUCGCGCUCGCGUACGCGCUCGAGCGCGAAACGCACGGCGUCGCGCACCUGCGCGCGGAGCCGCCGCCGGUGACGCUCUCGAAGCGGACGCACGACUCGCGCGCGAAGAAGCCGGGCUGGGACUUCGUGCCCGACGAGGACGAAUGGGCGGAGCUCGACGCGUUGAACGCGGAGGCGGAGCGCGCCGCGGACGAGGCCGCGGCGUUCUUCGCGUCGAACCCGGAGGCGGUCCCCGAGGGCGCGGAGGACGAGGACGACGAGGACGAAGAAGAGGACGAAGAGGACGCCGACGGCGCGUCGACGACGAUCGAGUCCACCGUCUCGUGCGUCACCGCGGACUACGCGAUGCAAAACGUCAUCCUCCAGAUGAACCUCAAGCUCCUCACCCCGGACGGGAUGCGCAUCACGUCGCUCAGGCGGUGGGUGCUUCGGUGCCACGCGUGCGGGGAGGUGACGCGUCAGACGACGCGCGUGUUUUGCCCCAAGUGCGGCAACGCGAGCCUUCAAAAAGUCGAACACACCGUGUCCUCCGACGGCGUCGAACAGUUUGGCGUCCGACGCAAGCACGUCCUGAAGGGCACGCGGUACUCGCUCCCCGCGCCCAAGGGCGGGCGGACGACGAAGCAGCCCAUCUUGAGGGAGGAUCAG